AUGAAGCUUCUCCCAACAACGCCAGCUCCGCAAUUCAAGGGUGAGGCUGUAAUCGAUGGGGAAUUUCGGGAGAUUACUCUGAAAGAUUAUGAAGGACAAUACGUAAUCCUUUUCUUUUAUCCAGCAGACUUCACAUUCGUCUGUCCAACCGAAAUCAUUUCGUUCAGCGACCGAGUGGAUGAAUUCAAGGAUCGCAACUGCCAGGUUAUUGCCUGCUCUACAGAUUCGAAGUAUUCUCAUUUGGCCUGGACUCAGGUUGAACGUAAAAAGGGUGGACUGGGGCCAAUGCAAAUUCCUCUGCUAGCCGAUUCGUCGAAGGCCAUUGCACGUGCAUAUGGUGUACUGGAUGAAGUGCAAGGCGACACAUUUCGCGGUUUGUUCAUUAUUGAUGGGAAAGGCAUUCUGCGACAAAUAAUGAUAAACGAUCGAACGGUCGGUCGUUCUAUUGACGAAGCCUUACGCCUGUUGGAUGCCUACCAGUUUGUGGAGAAACACGGAGAAGUCUGCCCGGCAAACUGGAAAGCGGGUAAGAAGACGAUCAGACCGAGCCCAACUGAAAGUCAAGAAUUCUUCGAUGCUAACCACUAGUUGAGCAGAACACAUGAGAAUAUUUGCCGAUCAGAUUUUCCAACCCUAGUAGUUCAUAAGUGAAUGUACCCG